GUGACGAAGGGCGUCUAAAGCUCAUACGACAACGUACUGCUUGGCCUAAUGUUUCAUUUUCUGUAUUUAUCAACGAAUUUUGAAGAUUUCGUGUAAAUAGAAUUUAUUAUUGUUAGUUAAUUAGUUCACAUGCUAUUGGAUGGCUUCAACUCCUUCUCCUCAUUUUGAACUUCUCAGCUUCUCAUUUGAAUGCAAAAAGGAAACCAAUUAAUUCUUACGUCAAUUUAUCUACAAUUACCAAGUCAAAACUACACGAGUUCAAGUUAAAAAUUACAAGACUGAAAAAUUUACAUCCCUCGUUCUAAAAAGAAACAAAGUAUUUUGUUACAGAAGCUUUACUACCUAUACCCGACUCUGUUGCCACUAUAGUAACAGACACAGGAUGAUUUUGAAAUAGUGCCAAAUUAAAGUCUAUAGCUGCCGUGUGGAUAACGAUUUUCUUCUUACGAGAUAAUUAUACGAUCACCAUCGAACUGGCGAAAACAAUCGAAAAAUACAUUAAGCUUAGCCUUCUCAAGAAAAUUUUAAAAGUGGCGCCGUUUAAAUUGAGAUUUACAAAAAUGUCGAAGAGCUGUUCAACCACAGAGGAAUCACUCGAUAUACCGGGAGAAUGUGACACGGAAAUAGGUAGCCCUACGAAAAAUUUUACCGAAAUGACCGAUGCAACGGAUGGAAUACCUUCCAGCCCACCCCCGUCUUAUGAGCACGUAUUAGAAGAGACUAGGCUUCAGGCCCAAAAAGAAGACUCCACACCAACAGACCCAACCAAAGGUCCAGAAAUAUUUCACAAAUCUAGCAAAGAACUCUAUAAAGCGGUAGCAAAACAGUUUGGUAUUACAUGUAAAAUGUCCGAUCAGUGUCGGUGUUUAGACUGUCAAAGUCAUUAUUUCGAGUGCGAGUACGACCAAAACGAAGACGAAAAAACGGACGGAGGUUUGGGCGCUGGUACUCCAAUGUUUAUAUCGGAAGUAAUGCACGGCACUGCUUGUAGUAUAUUAUAAGUGUUUUUAACUAUCUUGUUAUCUUAGCUAGGAACUUUAUGACACAUUGAAUGUUAAAGUCGUAAAAUAUCGGAGAGUUAUAGUGGCACUGCACUUUUACAUCGGGGAUGCUUUUUUUUUACAAAAAUCUAACCCCUAUUGUCAAACUUUCAUUUAAUCAGUGCGUUGUGAUCACUAAAUUUGUACAUGACACAGGAGAUACAGUGUUAAACCUGCAUUUUUUCGAAUGUGUAACCCUUGAUCAAUGGAACAUUAAAGGCACAACGAUCAGUGCCGAUUAAGAAACUAAAGAUUAUAAAAUUCAGUUGCUCAAAGAAAGUUUUCUAUUAAUUUAACAUAUUAAAUUAAUAAAAAAAUUUCUUUGAUCAACUGAAUUUUAUAAUCUUUAGUAGGUAUCCGCUCAAAGAAAAUAAAAAUGAAGUACUUCAUCCAAAUAAUCAAGAAACUCGAUUGGACAAUUUUUGAAUUUUGACGAAUGAAACUUAAUCAACUGAACUGAGGUGAAACUAUCGUGGACAACCUGCAAUUUAUAAAAUAAUUAAUUGACUUUACUCCCAUACUUCGUGCAAAACAACAAUUUGAAGGUGACAGAUUCCCCAUCUUAUUUUCUAAUAUCGUAUUGCGGCAACAAAAGAUAUUUUUUGACGUUUUCCCAAAUUUAAAACCUUUAUUCUAUUACUCAAAAAUAUUACCUGUGUCACUCAGAGUCUUUUAAUCAAAGAAUGAAUACAAAAAGUCAUGUAUGAACGUAAGCUUGGUUUUCUAAAAUUUAAGGUUUAUUAGUGGGUCAAAUAGAUUUUGAAAAAAUGGACUUUUUUUAAAAUUAGGUCUAAUUUCAUUUUGUGCGCUUAGGUAUACAUCCACAUGGCCGAUAUGGUUACGCUGAUUUCUAGAGUUCAUACGCACAAAUAUUUUAAGUAAUAAUUGCUGAAAACACAAAAGUUAUCGACACCAUCCUAUCGACACCAAACCAGAUUUUCAACUUAAAAAAAUGCAACUAAAAUAUUUUUGUAUCGUCACGUCAACCAAAAAUUGAGAAUAUAUUGGAAUAAGUGCAAUUAUUAAGUUUAGUAACAAAAUCGUAGCAAUUCUAAAUAAUUGUAUCAAUUCUGUUUGCUUUCAGAUAAUUUUCAAAAAUUGACAAUGGAGAAUUUUAUUCAAUUUAUUUUUAAUAACAAAAAAAAAUAUCUACAUGAUUUCUACUCACCAUUAACCCUUAGUGAAACGUUAAAAUAAUUUGCUUAACUGACAUAUCCAUAGGAAUAUUAAACGUAAACGCACACCAAAAAGUUAAAACUGUUAAAAAAUUGUAUAUUUUUGUAAGUAUAGGAAUUAUCUAUUGGUCAAAACACGCACAUUGUAGGUUUACCUGUAGACCCAUGACCUCAUUUCGAUAAUCUAAAAGGUAAAAGUAAUUUGUAGAUUGACUACGUAACUAAAUUUAAAUGGGACCCAAAGCAAAUUUUAAUGGAAAAUACAAUUAUAUUUUUGUAUAAGUUGAGCUAUAAUAGAUAAUAAUUCUGCGAAGAUGGACUAUGUAUGCAAUAAUAAAGGUGAUUUUGAUUUGGAACCUAUUCAUGGAACGUUUUUUGUUUUGGCCAAAUUUAUCCAUCCUUCGUAGAAAACUGUGUAUAGUCAGAAACGCACAUGGUCGUAAGGGUGAGCGGGAGACUUAGGAUUAACACAAAAGGGUACAAAUUUAAUCGUUAAUAUCAGUCGGACUGAGUCAGAAACGCACAUAACUAAAAUUUGAAAACGCACAGUGUUGAUGGGGUAAAUUUAGGGUAAUUAGCACAAAAUUGCGCACAAACUGUAAUUAACGGAUAGAUAUGUUAUUGCCAAAAAUUCAAUUUUAUUGAGCGGAAUUAUUUCAUUUAUUACGAAUUUUGUACUCACAAGCUUGGAGGACGACACUUGUGUAUAAAGAUCGUAUUUCCUUAUUAUCUUAAUCACACUAGCAGCUCACUAAACCAGUUGACCCAUUUCAUUGUUUAGUAAAAUUAAAGUGCUAUUGAUACGUUCCCUUUUUUCGAGUUACCUUCCACGCAUCGGAUUGUUCUGGCUGUACUAUAACAAAGAUGUGCCCAAUAUCUACGCCUAUAUUUACAUUUAUAUCAGUAGCAUCUCCCAUACCUUUUUCGUUCUCUCUCACCAAAUCCAAUUGCGCACAGUUUCGUAAUUUGAUAAUUAGAAGUGUUAGAGUUGUCUGUUUUAAUCAAUUAGAAGUUAAUAUUCGAGAUACUAAAGAAUGUUUCGAUUCGAUCCAUUGGCAGUAAUUAAAUAUGUAUAGCUUAAACUUGUCACAAACGCAACAAAAUUGCGCACAAAUUUUCGAAACCUUUCAGUUGGUGUUUUUUUAUUUCAAAAAAGCAAGGCUCUCUAAUAAACCUUAAAUUUGCAAAAGAUGAAAAAGUACAAAUAGAGAUAGAGAAAGUAACUUGUAGAAUAAUGACAAUAAGACUGUACCCGUUUGUUAUAUGUUGACACUAAACGUUCUUGUUUUUGUCAUUUACUGAACAUUAUCUUCUUCAAUAACAAGUCCUGCUACCUUUCGAUUAUGUUUUAGGACUUAUUGGUACGAGCAUCCACAAAGCAUUGGAAAAAACGUGAGAUUCAAAAUAAAACCUAAGUCCCAGUGCCACAAAUAACUCUCGCAACUGAUGAUCUUUCACCCAUUCAGAUCUAAAACGAAUUUGCAUCAGUGGCAUGUUACAGAAAUUCAACUACACCUAAUAUUUCUAAGUUAGUGUCUAAUAAUAAACAUUUAUAUAUUGUAUAUAGUUAUGAAUGGGGAUGAGAAGGUCUAAAACAUUUAGCAUAACACAACGCCCUAAAGUAUACUCGUAAAAUUUCCAAAUAGUAUAAGUUUAUUUUCUACUUACUCGGUAAUAAAAACAUACAUCUAGCUAGAUCAUCAUUGCCUUCAUAUAGCUUUACAAUAUUGUGGUGUAUAUUAAGUGUUCCAGCUAACAUUCUGAGUGUCAAUGUGUGUACAAAGCUUCAACUGUGGGUAUAAACUUAGGCCAGUUUUUUAAAUACUUAUCUAUUAGUUCAUGUUAUAGUAUAGUUUUCUAACGAAUAAGUUAUUUUAGGGUACUUGUAAUAUAUAAAACUCAAAGUAUGCUUUCCUUCGGAUCUCUAACCAAAAUAUUCUAUAUAUACUAUUUGUCAUAUUUUUAUAAUGCUUGUAAAAUUAAUGUUCAGACUAUAGCUACUAAUUGUGCAAAAAUGGUUACAGCUACUUCAUAAUCUCUUGGAAAAUGUUGAAUAAGUUUAUAACUGUGCAAGUUACCUAUUUAUAUUAGUUUGAUAGACGUACUAAGCAGGUUACAGUUACAGAACCAAAUUGCACAAGUUAAAAUGCCUUUUUGAUAUACUGGUGUAAAUGAAGGUAUAGCAGUGCCGUAAAUGAUAUAGAUAGUAUAAGGGCAAAUGGACGAAACCGUAACAAAAACAACUUUAGCUAAUCGUAAGCACUAAGCCGUUAAUCCACAUUUGCAGUUAUGCACAUCAAAAUUCAAUCAUUUUGCAAUUAAUGACCGUUGUCGUAACAAUGUAUUAUAUCUGAUGUUUGAUCAUCCUAAAUUUAGAAAUUCAGUUAAAUACGAUAAGCGACGUAACUUUAGGCUUUGUUAAAGAAUGAGCGAUAAUUGAUAGGUACACUACCUCACACUCCAGCGUUUCAGUUAUUGUUCGUUCCAUGGAAUUUAUUUGAACGAAUAAGAUGAUAAUAUCAGAAAUAAUAAAUUGUCAAUUAUGAUUUACAUUUUCAGGAUGUUGUUUUAUUUGGUUAACAGCUCAGUGGCUGUAAUACGUAUAACUAAGUACUUAAAAAUAUAGUUAGAUGCAUAUUUGUAACAAAAAAACGUAUAUUGUAUAGACCCCUACAUUUUUUGGACUGAAAAUUGUAACACAAACUCACUUUGUUAAUUUAACUUAAAUAUGGAAUGUAUAGAUUGGUCAUUGUGUACUUACAUUACGUUAUUUAUUCUGUCUGUAUUUCUAAAUGACAAUGAAAUUUAUUAAGAAAUUUUUUUUGGUACGCAUUAUUUAUAAACUACCUACU